GAAUCGUUUACUCCCAGUGCUUUUCCACAAGUGACCAAAACUUCAUCAUAAUAUGAAUACAAAGUUUGUUUUGGGCAAAGCCAGUUUUUUUUGUUUUUUCGACUAGGGGGCACAGCCAGUUUUACAGCGUCAUUACAAUAAAAGCCAAUUGGGUGAGUUUACCACUAUGCCCAGAAAACAGACAAAAGCUUAAAGCCCCCCUCUUCUUGUUUAUUUAUCUUCAACCUGAGCAGAGCGGUAGGUACUAGUCUCUUCCUUACUCCAGAAAAACCAGAGAGGGACUGAAAGAGAGAGAAGAGGUACUGUUUUGUGGGUUGGUGAUGGGUAAGUACAAGUUUAGAUUAACUGAUAUGAUACCCAAUGCCUGGUUUUACAAGCUCAAAGACAUGAGCAAACCCAGAAAGAACCAGAGCAGCAAUUCUCAUCCCAAGAAGAAAAACCAACCACCACCGCCCCCAUUUUCUUCUUCAGCAACACCAACAAGCCCAGCAAAGCCAAAGCAGGUGACCCAUCACCACCAUUGUCAUCAAUCAAGAAAGUCGUACUACUUCACAAGGGAGCUGAAUAACUCCACAGGUGAGAACGGACCACUCUGCAACACCCCCAUAAACCCAAAAGUCUUUAACACCAAUUUGCCUCAUGAGCCACCAAGAAAAUCCUCCAGACAAAAACCAAGGAAGAGUCGAAUUGCAACUAGCAAAUCCUCCUCUGAUUCCAAGCCUGCCAUGUCGACCACCUCCUCUGUUUCUGCCGGGUGUCGGGCCUCGAUUGAAUCCGUCUGGACCAAAUCGGAUUCUCCACCGGAGGAGCAGCUCUGGUCUUCUUCGUCUCCCGACAGCUCCGAGCUUGAGUUUCAUCGCCAUGAGCCUCUUGAAUUCCGAUGUGACCGUGUUCUUGCUACAGAAACAUUUGAUGGUAUUAUUUCUAUGUCGAGUUCUAAUGAGAAAGACAUCAUCAUCGACGUGGAUAACUCAUCUGAGAGGAAGGAAUUUGAUUUGUUCUCCGAGCUUGAGCUUCCUCGGAUUAUAACCAAGCCCGAAAGCUUCACUGAAAUGGUGAGCGAGGUCAAGAAGAAGAAGAAAGAGACCAAGGAGCAGUCAAUCAAGUCCAGAAAAAGCUCACAUGGAUCAGAGAACAAUAAAGAGCAUCGUACAAGUUCUGUUAGAAGAGUAUCUUCGAGCACUUCACCGGGAGUUAAGCUUCGGAUUAACUCUCCGAGAAUUGCAAACCGGAAAAUUAACCAGGCACAAGUGGGACGCCGGAGUCUGUCGUCGAAUUCGAGCUCAAAGCGGAGGAGUCUCUCGGAGAGUUUUGCAAUUGUGAAGUCGUCAUUUGAUCCUCAAAGGGAUUUCAGGGAAUCAAUGAUAGAGAUGAUCAUGGAGAACAACAUCAAGGCGUCAAAGGACUUGGAAGAUCUUCUUGCAUGUUAUCUUUCUCUGAAUGCAGAUGAAUACCAUGAGCUCAUCAUCAAGGUCUUCAAGCAAAUCUGGUUUGAUCUCACUGACAUCCAGUCAAAGUAAAUCAAAAAUCUUCUCCAUCAGAAUGGAAAAUGUACAUCAAUCUUUUCCAAUGUCUCUCUGUUUCUAAUAAACCUUGUUAGUUUAGUACUGCAUUCUUCAAUUACCAAAGAUGCAGUCUUUAAUUGCAGUUAGAAAAACUAGUAGUUUAAUCUAGUCACAGGAAUUCUCAACCCUUUUUCAGACCAUGUGAUCAUUGACAAGAUGGGAUUCUUGUCUUCCUGGAUUGAAAUUGGAAAUUGGGUUUUGUCCA